AUGGCAACGAUAGAAGAUGUCCAGUUGAUUCUUCGGGAUCACCGUACGCAUUACCAGCUGUCCCAGAAGGAAGGUGAGAUGAUAGUUGAGAAAUUGCAGCAGUUGCUUACUAUGACAGAUUGUGCAAACGGUACUGUUCUGAAGUAUAUAUGUGCGUUUUUAACUCCUUUGACAUACAGGAUGAUAGUGCUGUCUAGAAAUAUUAACGCUGGAAAGUGUGGGUACCCACUAUGUCGGUUGACGUUGAUUCAAGGUGGAUACACAUCAAAUGAAGCAAGUUCAUACUGCUCGGAGUACCAUCAGAAUUGUUCGCAGUAUAUUAGCAGGCAGCUAUUUGAUGAGGACUUGGAAUGUCGAAUAGGUAUUCAUUUGAGAAGAGGUUAUGACGAAGAUUCUCCAGAUUAUAAGUAUCGGAUUAGAUUAUUUGAAGAAGUACUUGACCCUGACGAAAUUAGUGACCUUGAUGGGAUCACAUCACAACUAUGUACAAUGGGGAUACGAUCGAAUAAUAUUUAUUAA